CAGCUGGGACUAAGGUAAAAAAAUGCUCCACAAAUCCUACACUUGCUGGCAGUAGUCUUGCUGCCUCAGUGGGUUGCUGUUAUUCAUUGCAAGGUUCAUCAGACAGGAGAUGACCCCAUCACCCUAGGAAACAAUUUGGCAGAUCAGGCCACUCAAAAAAUAGCCACUACAUCAGAGGGGCCAACCGAGGAGGUAACUGCUCUGAUGUUGUUUCCUCCCACUUUAUCAGAACUGGUCAACACAAAGAAGGACCUGCAGUUAGCAUCUCAACUUGGAGCUAAGGCCCUCACCCCAGGAGUUUGGUACCAAUUACCAGACAAGCAAGUGCUAUUACCUGAGGCAUUAGGACAUGAGCUGCUACACCAGGCUCACCAAACCACCCAUUUGGGGGGCAACUAAACUUGCUGAAUUGUUCAGAACUUGGUUUUUCAUUCCAAGACUCUCCAAACUGACCGCCUCUUUGAGCUCCAGAUGCCUGCAGUGCUUGUUAGUCAACCUGACCAAAAGCUCCCCAUUGGAGACCACCUGGCACUGAGGAACUGCCCCUGGAGAACACUGGGAAGUAGACUUUACGGACAUGGUAAAACCUGGUUUACAAGGACACCACUAUUUCUUGGUAUUAGUAGACACCUUCACUGGCUGGGUAGAGAUUUUACCUACUAAGUCUGAGUCAGCCUUAGUGGUAGCCAGAAAGCUACUGCAUGAGAUCAUACCUCGAUUUGGCCUUGCAUUGUCAGUGGAGUCCAAUAAUGGCCUGGCUUUCAUAGCCUAGGUCAUCCAAAAGUUAGCCCAGGCAUUAAAAAUUGAUGGGAAACUUCACUGUGCCUAUCGGCCACAAAAUUCUAGACAGUAGAACAUAUGAACUGAACUCUCAAGGAUGUUUUAACUAAGCUGUCUUUAGAAACUGGCAAUAAUUGGGUGAGCCUUCUUCCCUUUGCACUGUUAAGAACUAAAUGUACCCCAUAUGUUCUGGAAUUUUCCCUUUUGAGGCUAUGUUUGGAAGGCCCCCUCUACUGGUCUUGAGACUGUCAGAAGACAAAUUAUUUGAAAUAACUAACCAAGAUCUCAUUAAGUCCCUGCAGACACUCUAGUCUGUGUUGGCCUCAAUUCACUAGCUGUUUAGACAAAAACACCCAGACCCACCUUCAGAGACACUACUCAAAGCACCCAUUGAGCCAGGAACUUCUGUCCUGGUGCAACAUCACCAUCAAGACUCCCUAGAACUCCACUGGGAAGGACCCUUCACUGUGGUGCUCAGUACCCUCACUGCCAUCAAGGUAGCAGAAAAAACUGCAUGGAUUCACCAUACUCAUGUAAAGCCACUGGAAACAGCGGACAAUUAGGACAUGCUCAGUGGACUAUACAACAGACUUGUAACCCCUUGAAGUUAAAACUGAUUAAACAUAGUUAGAUUAUACCAGUCAUGAACUGCUUUAGCUUGCUUGCUUUUGCUCCUUCUGUCCCACUGCUGGGGAUUUUAAUAACAAUGAUGCCAACCUUGCAUGAUGGCUUUGGUCCCCCUGUAAGCAAAGAACAAUUGUUAAGAUCUUUGUAUGGGAGUCCCUGUGAUUGCAGAGGGGGCUAUACUAAAGGUGAAGACACCAGCUGGGGGGGGGUAAUUAUACAUACAAUAGGAAAAAAGUAUCAUGAUCCUUCCCAUAUAAAUGAUAAAUUAUAUACAUACAUUAUAUACAUAUAGUCUUUGGACAGGUUGUGGGGACAAGUUAGCAUUCCUUGUUGCUAUACCCUCAGUUACAAGGGGCUUGACUCAAAUGUGGAUAUGUAAGUUAAAGCCCUGUGUGAUACCUAACACAGGCAGCCAGCCAGGACCAUGCCCUCAGAAUUGUCAUUAUUAUUCAGAAAUGCAUUCCUCCUGCUAUGACUCUGUACAAAAAAAUGUAUAGGCAUGGAUAGCAAAACUUACUUCACUGCUGAGCUUAUGAGGACAAAGGCUGGAAGUGCUAGAGGUGAUUAGUCCACCUAUUCAUCAGUAAUAGAAAAUUCAAAGUAUGCCCAAGCCUCAUGUCACGGCAUGGUUGGUGAAUCAGUGUGCUGGAGCAGGGUGGCCCCUAUACAUGUGUCUGAUGGGGGCGGCCCACAAGAUAAGAUCAGAGAACUCAUGGUUGAGGAAUGAGUCAAACAGCUAAUAAAAAUAAUGUCUCCCCAGAUACAUUACCACCCCUUGAUGCUGCCUAAAUCACGGGGAGUUGAUCUGAAUGCUCAAACUUCUGAUAUUCUAGAAGCCACUCAAAAAGCCUUAAAUGCUUCCAACCCAACUUUGGCUGAAGAUUGUUGGUUACUCAUGGCACAGGACUCCCCCAUGCCCCUUGCAAUCCCCACCAAUGUUUCUCUGACCACCAUGGAGGAACAAGAUUCCUUAAAUUGUAGUGCUGAUCCCGCCUUUAGAGUAUAACCAGUAGGCUUCAAGGACUCUCUCUGUCUCCAAGGAGGUUUUCAUAAUGAUACCUCCGACAUUGAUGUGGGGUUCACUGUGUUUACUAAUUGUAGUUCCAUAGUUAACUGGACUACCUCCCUUUAUCCCACUGAAGGACAAGUAUUUAUUUGUGGAGGAAAUAUGGCCUAUACUUUCCUUCCAACUAACUAGACAGGGAUAUGUGUGACAGCUGUCCUAUUGCCUGAUAUAGAGAUAUUAAAUAACACCAUAGCUGAUUUCUCUCCUAAAUAAAAAGAUAAAAAAUUAAUUAAACAGGCCAUCCUCCAAAAAUCAGAUGGCAUUAGACAUUUUAAUAAAAUAAAGAGAUACUUAUAUAUAACAUAAAUGAUAUGUCAGUUCCUAAAAUUCUCUGGACCUAUCCUCCUUAUGAGAAGCCUUUGCUAAACUCAUAAAUACCCUGUUGAUUAUAUUUGACUCCUGCAUACUUACUUAAUUCUACAGAUACCUUCUACUGUAGUCCGAAUUCCAAACAAAAAGGCAAAACUUGACCUUCAAACCUCAUAGAGACCUUCAUAUGGCUUUUCCUGUUUUCAACAGCAAGAUUACAAUAACACUUGUGACACUUGGAGCUCUGAGACAGGGUCCGAGCUAUCACAGGAGCUGAACAUGAAUCAAACUGAACCAACCAAAGAAACUGGGUUCACUUGGGUCCAGGUGCUGUCUGGGAGAGCAAUGCUUCUGCAUAUCCUCAUCCUCUUGCUGGUCACCAUGAGUGCAGCCCAAGGGAAUGGACAGCAGGACAACAGCUCCCAGAGUAAACAGCUACCCAAGAAACACUUGAGAUUCGUCACUGGAAAUUGGAUAGAAGAGAUGGAGAAUGAGGUGAAGAACAGCACUGAGAAGAUGCUGAAGGUCCUGAACCAGAUAUCGCACAUGAAGGACCAGAUGACGCAAAUUAUGCUGACUACUGAGAAGCUGGAGAAACAGCUGCUGGCUGAGAGUCACACACUGCAAAUGCUGAAGGGCCACAGCAGUGAACUUGACCCUCAGGUGUUGGUUGUGGAGUUUCAGCAACAAACCCAGCUGGCCGGUAUGAAAAAUUUGAAGCUGAAGCUGAAGCAGAUUCUGGACCUCCAGAGCAGUACCCUCACUAGCAUCCAGGACAGUCUGCAAGCUGCAAGCAUCAGCUCCAGUAACCGGCAAAAGUAUCAGGCCCAGCUGCUGGAGAUACAGCAGCAGCUCAGGCAGCAGGUAGAGCAGGAUCCAGAUGAAUGAAAAGAAUAUGUACAUGGAGACACCAGAAACUCUGGAGCCUGGAUUCCUUUCCACAAGAAAGUGGACAAUUAAUUGAAGAUGGUU